UGCUGCUGACUGCAGUAUUCAAUGCUACCAAUUCAAAAUAAAAAAUCGAGUUAUUACAACAGUAACUUCACAAUACCAUUGAGAGAUAUUCAAUUUUUUUCCUGAAUGGUUCAAAAAUAAUGAGUGUUGAGUGCUAUCAACAAUAAACCUACUUAGAGCUUCUGAAGAUAAUUCAGUAGUAAUUGCAUUACUCCAUCUUGAAAUAUGUUGGCAACAUGGCGACGCCAAACAGAGGAGGAUAAUUAUGUACUUGUAUGACAAGUAAAAUUCCCGAUAAUUUCAAAGGCAACAAACAGGAUUAAUAGUGAGAAGUUAUUCACUGCUUAUAGUUAUUCAACAUGAGUGAGGAGUUUGUGACAGACUACAAAGAUGGGGACAUUGUGUGGGUCAAAUUGGGGCCCAGUUGGUGGCCAGGAGAAGUGAAAGAUCCUGAAAAAUUACCGCCCGAUAUUGACGAUUUCAAGAAACCACCACUUGUCAUAGUGAAAUUUUUUGACGAAGACACCUAUGAAUUUGUCAAGAGUUGGGCAAACGUACAUCCAUACAACUGUGAAAAGAAAAACGAUUUCAUAAAAAAAGGCAUGACUGCUUUCCGCGCCAAAACUCCCCACAUGGAAAAGUUUCCGAAGGAUGUUACAAAUGCAGAAGUUAAAGUUGGGGGAAACCCAAAUAUUCUCAGCGAGUCAAUUUUCUUACCCGAGAAGAAGAGAAAUUAUGUCGCAGACAUUUUUGGAACGCCAAGUCCGAAACCAAAGAGUCUCAAAGACAAAAAAAGGAACAGCAAAAGCAAAAAAGAUACAACGCACAUAACCCACAGGAGGUUCAUCGGCUUGGACGAUUACAAAGCGUACAUCUGUAUACAGUAUCCCGGCAAAGACCGAAUUCCUGGAGAUCGCGAUGACGACGAGGUCAUCCGAAUCAAUAAGGAACCAGAGGAAGAGUAUAACUGCUACUCGUGUGGCUUUGCAACGAAACGUCUAGAAGUGAUGGUACUCCACACGAAAUCUCACAUAUACGGCACAUACAGCCCCAGAAAAUAUAAAAAGGCAACUGUCAGUAGACCGAAGAAGAAGGAAAAGGUUAAGAAACCAAAAAGAUCGAUGGAUUCGACGGACUCCAGCUCGAGCGACACCGAAGCGCCAAAAGUGAAGAAGAGGAAGACGAAAUCGUCCCCCGCGAAGAAAAAGGAAGAAGAAUGCAAGGCUGAAGAGGAAGAACCGAAACGUCCCGCCGAUUUCCGUAGCGACUUGCUAGCCGAGUGGGAGGUCAGCGAGGACGAAACUAUGAGCGAGAGCUUGCAGGAUCGCAGCUCGCAAAACGAGAGCUUGCAGAACGAGAGCUUGCAGGACGAGAGCUUGCAGGAUCACAGCUCGCAAAACGAGAGCUUGAUAUUGAACAGGACUAUAGAGACUGAAAGUUCGCUUAUGGAGGAAACGGCGGACAGCGAGGAUAAAUCUGCAGACAACUCCGUCGUUAAGGAAACCGUUGUUGUGGACGAUUCCAUCCAGGAAAGCGACGAAGUUAUAGAGAUAAUAGAAGAUGAAGAGACUCCGCUGACGAAGCGGAGAGCAUCCCCCAAGCCGAAAAUGGACAAGGAGACCCAAGAGGCCAUCAAGUCUUGCUUCGACUUUGAUGAGGAUGAGGAGGAUGAGCAUGCUAUCAUCAAUACCACCGCUAUCGUUGGCAGGAAGAUACCCAGAGUGAUUCCACCUACGGAGAAGAGGAAGUCCGAGAUGCUGGAUGAGGUCAUCGUCGUUCAGGACAAGGAAGACACAUCGAAGAGCAGCGAAAAGAAGGGAGAAGAACAGCUGUCCAGCGAAGAUAUCGACAACGCAUUCAAGGAGCUAAUGCAUGCGACUGAAGUUCCGGAGCUACCCCAGGUGCACAACACGCUCAAGUGUGAGCAAAAUUUUCACAGUGUCAAGACUAUAAAGUUUCCGGAUAAGUCUCCACCAACAGAAAUGCACAAAGACGAUUCGGGCGAGCAGUCUUGCAAAUCCGAACUGUCCCCCAAAACGGCCGAAAAACCCGAUCAGGAGGUGGCGACGAAGCUGACGAAUCCGAAGAAACGCUUCGUCAAGUGCUUUGAGGACUUUGAGCUCAUGCAAAACGAGCUCAGGCGCAAGGAGGAACAAGAGCAAGAAGCUAGACGUAAGGAAGCUGCGAAAAAGCGGGAAAGCCAGACGGCCAAUUCUGAUCAGGUUGUCGUCACCAAACCGGACCAGAACAUAGAAAAGCAGCUGGAAACUAUUUUUGGUCCUUUGAGCAAGUCUCCCGAGAUCGAAGAAGACGACGACAGCCUCCUGGACUACGGCUCGUUGAAGACGAAAAUAAUGUCCAGUAUAAUGGAAGAGGCCAACAUUAACGAAGAGUCUCGAUCUAAAAUCAUAUCAAACAUGCAAAAAAAGCACCAAUCGCCGAGAAGCAAAAUGUUGGAGUCUUACUUGCACGACAAAAGCAGGGACGAAGAUUCUUCUUCCAUAGAUACAGAUUCGCGACUCAGCGAUGAUGCCAAAAAGAGACUGAUGCCAGAGGAGGCCAGAGAAGAUACAAGAUCGGCCGUCCCUCCAAAGAAAGAAAAAUGGACCAGGAGAAGGAGUCACCCUAAAAAAGAAAGGCAGUUCUUCCAGCUGGACGAUGGGACUACAAGAAACGAGAGCGUCACCUCCGAUAUUCACCAAAGAUCGCUCGAAGCGGACAAAGAUACUUUGCAAGCAACGGGGCAGACUGGCCAUUCUCGAACAACUUCAGAUGAUAGUCCAGCUGCCAGCAAAGCUUCUAGAUUAGAAGAGCUACUGGAGACUCUGGAGUCCAGCAACGAGGAAGAUUCGAAUAUUAACGAAAACUUUCCUGCUGUUGGUAAUAAAAUGGAGACCGUUACGGUACAACAAUCACCUAAACCAUUUGAGGGCCCUUCCGCGGAAACCGCUACUUCAUGUGAAUCUCCUAAACACGCAGAUGAAGAUCAAAAUAAAGAAAUCGUCGAAAUUUGCGAAAACAUUCGCAACUCACGAAAAGAGUGUGCCUCGGAAGAGGAGCAUUUCCCGUUUGGUUUAUCAACGUCCGAAAGAGACGACUUUUCUCCGAUCGGAAACGCCAGCAGAAUUCUACCUGAUGACGCAAUUUGCUCGCCCCCGAAAAAGUCCAAUAAAAGGAAAAAAUCGAGACAUAAAUCCUCCAAAUCCAAGCGGAGGAGAAAACAUUCUUGGGAGUUCGAGACAGAUGAAUCUGUUGCUGAGAAACCCGUUGAUUCAUCUGCUACCGAAUUUUCAACAGCAAUAGGACAAUCCUGUGGUAGUAUAACUGACACAAAAAAACAAACUGCCGAACCAGUAGCAGUUGAGCUCCCUGUUGACAGUUCUGAGAAUCUCGAAGACCAAACAGUCAUACAAGACAGCUCGGUUGCUACUGUGACUGUAGAUGAAAGCCUAGUUACCAGUCCAUUCGUGGAUGAAAGAUCUGUCGUGGAUGAAACUUCUGCCCUGAACGAUAGUUCUAUUGUUGAUGAAAGUCUUGUGGUGAACAAAAGCCCUAAAACAGUUGAAAGUCAUUCGGUAGAUGAAAGUUGUGCGGUAGAUGAAAGUACUGUUGCGGAUCAAAGUGCCAAUGACAAUGCAGCUACAACUCAAAUUCUGGAUGAUAAUUUUGUUCCGCAUGAUAGUCAACUUGACAAUUUAGCUUUAACUGAAGCUUCGGUUGAGAAUCCCAUUGAGGAAAAGGGCCCUGUUUCAGCUACAACUGAUGUUGUGUUAGACACUUCUGCGGCUGAGAGUCAUGUUGACAAUUUAUCUCUUAAUGAAGCUUCAAUUGAGAGUCCCAUCGUAGAAGACGAUGCGACGGAAACUGCGACUGAAACUCCGAUUGACAAUCCCACUCCAGGUGAUGGUCACGUUGACAAUUCAGCUGUAGCUAAAGAAAUUGUUGGGAGUCUUGCAGCUACAGUGGAGACUUUAGUCGACAGUACUGUCCCAGAGGACAGUCGUGUUGACAAUUCUGCUGCAACUGAAACUUCAGUUAAUACUUUUACCAGAUAUGGUAGCCCCGUUGAUGAUUCAGCAGUGACUGACACUACUUCCGACAAACUCGAAGACGACAAACCCAUCGACAGUUCAGCUGGGACUGAAACUGUGAUCGAUGAUUCAGCUGUGACUGAAGCCUUUGUUGAAAGUCCUGCCGGACAUCAAAGUCCCGUAGACAAUUCAGUGGCUGUUGACAGUGUAGUGGACACUACACCUGUGACUGAGAUUUCUGAUUCAACAGCAGAGAAGACCUCUAUCGACAACUCGAUGUUUCCUUACAGUCCCAUUGAUAGUCCAGCUGUAGUAGAAAGUCCUUUAGAAGGUUCUGCCGUUGCUGAUGAUGCUACAGAUGAUGAAUCCGCCAAGUCAAAAUUUUCUCUGAACAGUCCAGCUGAAAGACAACGGUCAAUCGGUCCAGUUGCAACUGAUAGUCCAGUUGAUCAUUCAACUGUUACUGAAGCUUCUACAGAUUACGCGUCUUUGGCAGAAAAAAUCUCUGCUGUAGACAGAGGUUCGACUAGUGUAAAAUGUUCAAUCGAUCUUUCUGUUGUUGCUCUUCCAGAACGAUUUUUAGUAGCUGUUGAUAAACGGGGUGUUUCUGAGAGUUCUGUUGAACAAUCAGCUGUUGCCGAGAUUUCUGUUGGGUCUUCGACUGGAUUGGAACAGUUCAACGAGGGUUCUGCUGAGGGUUGUGUUGAUAUGUCAGUUGAGAAUAACGAGUCACCAGCUUCACAGGGGACUUUCACUGAAGUUUCAUCUGCUAAUGAUGUUGCUUUAAUUGAUGAAGAAAAUUCUACAAAAUCACCUGAUGUAGUUUCCACAAACUCGUCUGAAGUUGACGGGCAAAGACCAGAGGAAAUGUCAAACCAAAUCCAGUAUGGCGAUUUAGUAAAAUCUUCCGAUGAUGUUGGAAAUCAUAUUGUCGAGCACGUGACUGAAAAAGUGGUUUCUGGUGAGAAUUCUACUUGCGACGGUGCUUACGAUACUGAAAAUGUGGUCAUGAAAGACUGUUUUAGCCAGGAUCCUACUUCACAGGAAUUUUCAUUAGAUGAUGCUCCUGUUACCAUUGAAGAAGUGUCAAAUGAUAUACAUGAAGACAACAAAAGUGAUGCUCACCCAAAAACAACAGUUUUAGGAAAAUCUUGCGAAGAGUUACUUACUGAGGAAAUAGUUGAAACAGUUGCAGGUGGUAGUUUCGAUGGUACUUUGGCUGAAUGUAAAGAGAAUUCCACGGAUGAUGCACAAAAAUUACUGCAGGAACACCAUGAGCCCUUUGCAAAUGAAGCAUUUGAAACUUCACAUCAAGAAGUACUUCAGGAGAAACACAUAGUGGAGCAAAUGUUCAAUGAAGAAGAGACAAUCGAAGAAGGAGUAGUAAUUGAUGAUCUAAUUGAAGGAUUGUUUGAAAAGCGAGAUGAGUUGAUACCCUCUGAGGAAAAAUCUUCAUUGAUUGAGAUUGAAAGUUUAAGGAAACAAGAGUUUGACACUAGCACUGGACCAUCAAAAAUCAAUUAUGAUCAAAUUAAUGAAGGAAUUGACGAUACAGUCGUCAAAGAAAUUGACAAAAGAACCGAAGUUGAUCAAAAUGCAGAUGGUAGUGUCCAUAACAUUACAGAACAAGUGAAGGACACUGAAAACUUCGAUUUUGCAGAAACAAAAUUGCAAUCUGAAGUUCCAGACCAAGUUGAAACUUUCCGUCAGGAUUCAGGCGAAGUUAUCUUCCACCAAGAUUGCUCUGAAGUCAUUGAAGAGGUUGAAGUUGGUAGUUCUGAAAGAGGGAACGAAAGUUUUGAGUCCGUACAGAGUAAGACUGACAGCGAGAUUAACUUGUUGGAACAAGAAGUAGUUCAAGAAGUUAACAUCGAAACAGAAGAGAUAACAGAAAUCGAUCAUAUCAGUAAUGCCGAAGAAAUUAUCAGAAAUGAAACUUUUGAAAUUGAAAAGAGUGAUGACAGAGACGAGGAUCGAAUAUUUCCGGUCAUUGCUGAUUCGGGGCCGGAGAAAAUGGACGAAGUAGAAUCAACUGAAAAUGAUAGUGAAGUACCGAUUCUUGAUAAGUUGCAGGAUGAUAUUGUAGCAGAAGAAACUGUGACGGAAGAAAUUCAUCCAGAAGUGGAUGCCAUGCCAACCAAUCUCCAAGGCGUGGUUGUUGAUAGGUUGAUAAAUGAUGGAAACGUCAUUGAACAAGGAGUUGCUUUGGAAGCAAAUAAAACUCCGGAGGUCAUCGCGGAAACGGAUCAGCCGGAAAAGACUGAUUAUUCCAAGGUAGACACAGAAGUAAGAGAUGAUUUCGAAACGAUUGUUAGUGCUGCAGAAGAGCAAAUCAACCAAGUUCUACCGCAGCUUAAGCCAGAAAAACCAGCGGAAGAAGCGAGUAAACUUCCCGAAAAGUUGACAGAUGAACCCAUGGCCGAGAUUUUGGAAAGUAACAAGCUAGAAGUAAAAUGCGUGAGCGAUACUGAAGACGAGUUCAAAUUCUCGAUCCAAACAAAUUUGUCCAACCUCUCUAGUCGAGAAGAAAUAUCGGCUAUAGCUUUGGCCACAUUGGCGGAAAUAAAGACUGACUUUGAAAACAGUGACAGUAAUACUUCCGAGGAAGUGCUUCCGAAACAAAUUUUACCCUACCCCGAAAAACUUUCGGAGCCAGAACUGGUAGCUAUCGAAGGAAACUUGACCGUUGUGUCCGAGAAGGAUUUGGCCGACGGGCAAGUGGAAAUAACAUCGGAAAAGGUUAUCAGUUCCAAGAAACCCACGACUUUAUCGACCUUUUCUAUGGACUUUUCCGACUCGACCAACGACAGCACAAGCACUAACAGCGACAUCAUUCCCAAGUUUCCCGAAUUCGAAUCCAAAGGCACGGAGUUCAACGCAAGAGCCAUUACAAAGGAACUGAAACCCAAGAGCGACAUAAAAAAGCCAAAUACUUACGAGAGGUACGAGCUGCUGGACAUCCUGGAGGGAAAUUCGGAUAUGGAGAGGAAGUCGGAGUAUCACGCCCCGCAGAAGCCGUUUGAUGCCGACAUGUGCGACUUUGAGGAGCACAUUCCGUCGCAAAUUGUCUGCUCCAGCAAGUUCCGACAGGACAUGGACGAGCUCCAGGACGAAAUCAAGAAAAAAGAAAGGCCCCAUAACAGCUCCAUCAUAUCCACCACUUCCAAGUUGUUGGAGAGGCUGUCUGAAAGCAAAUCCGGAGACCUAUUCAAAACUGAAGCCAAAACAACCAUGGAGAGCGCUGCCAAGGACAUUGCUGGCAAGUCGCUGAUACCAAAGACGUUCAAACCAAUCACUUUGAGGACUAAGCCGAUAAUCAUAUCCGAGCAGAUAAUCAAACCGGCUGCUGAAGUCGUCAAGCCAGAGGAGAAACCCAACAUGUUGAACGAUAUCGAAGGCGUCGAAGCGUUCGUCAUACCCAAAGACAUGAAAAAGCACAUUGUGGAAGAGGAAGCGGAGCCCGAUUUGAGUUUGAGGUCCAGUAGAGCUUCCAGGAAGAAGGCCGGCAAAGCCAACAUCCUCCAACAGACUAUAAUAACGCCCGAGGGAGAGAUAAUCAGCAGUGCAAAAAAACGCGGCGCGAAACAAACACCCGUCAAGUCAAUAACAGUGAAGGCAAGCGCAAUGAGUCCUUUGGCGAGUAGGAUCGCCCCUGCUCCCGCCAGCAGCGUUUCUUCCACGAUUCCGCUGUCCUUGAAGCCGCAGCCACCCACUCUCUUGGUGAAACCGUCGACUUUGAAGCCGAUGGCUUCUCCAAAGCCCACGGUUACGCAAGACGACAACAUUUUCGACAUCAACUCCAUGCCGAUAGUUCUCUCGGACCAGAUAUUGACUCCAGAGAGCAUUGAAAACAUGCCAAUUGUGAUUGAUAAUGAUGCUUCCUCGAGCAAGAGGAGCCAACAGGAGAAAGAUACUCCUGCGAAGCAGUCUAUGGUGAUGAAAUCUGUAGUUACGGCCACGCCCACUCUCUUGACAACCAGAGCGCCCAACACAGCUUCCAAGAUAUCCAGG